AUGGGCUCAUCGCACUCAACACCGCCGCCUCUAGUUCAGGUCAGCGCUCCAAGAGGCAAGUUCAUCCACCCCCGUCUUACUCUCGAUCGCGGCUGGGUACCCGUACACGUAGUGCUGUUGGCCCCGUAUACGCACCGUACGCUAGAGGAAGAGCUCGAGAUGGAAGGGGACAUGGAGACAAGCAGAGAUGGCGAGAACACAUUGGAUAACGUGACGGUAGAUGCCGAGAUCAGAAGACGCAAGGAAGAUUCGAAAGGAUGUCUUACCGAAGGCAUGGGCAUGAUGGGACCGAGUGGUGUGUUUGGACGGUUUGAUACCCUAGGCUCGAGACCCAGGUCAGUACCCGAGAUGCCUGGCGGAGGGGAAUACGCAGGUAUGCCAGUAGGAGUGCCAGCGAGUGGUAUCGGAAGCGGCCAGCAGUCAUCUGGCCUGCCUCCAGAGUACACGUCCAAUCCCGAUUUGGUUGGGUACGGCGAAGACGGGGUGAUGCCCGGUACAGGCUUAGUCAGUCCUUAUCCAACUUACCCCCCUGGCCCACUACCUAGUAGUAGUUCGCCAUCGAGUAACGGUACACUUCCGCCGGAGCCGGUCCCACGAGGGCGGCCGAACCACUACGAGCAUGUGCCAAUGGGCGCGUAUACAGAUACGAACAAGGCAAGAAGCCCGCUGAGCUCACAUGUCGAUCUGCAAACCUCCACACGUCUGAACCACGGACAGUCUUCAGGCAAGAAGUUUGGGCCGUCAGGUCAAGAGUGUUUGGACGGCGAUGCCUUUCUCGACGCCUGUAUCUGUACCAUAGACUGCAAGUGUCGAAAAAGCCAGCGAGUCUUGUACCGUGCACGCGAGGACCGUCGAAAGAACGACAGUGACACUGGCAUAGAAGACCACGAGUAUGUAAGUGGGGAGAUACGAUACAUACUGAAGGACGACCUGGGGCGGAACUGUGAUGACCACUCUGGAUGUCGAAAGAGCGAAAGCAGUAGCGGCAGGCAAGACAGGAGGAGGGGGAAGGACACGAACAAGAACAAGAGCAAGAAUAGGGGCAGGGAAGAGGGGAGGAGACUCCAGCAGCAGUUUCAAGGUUUCAAAGAAGACUUACUGGAAGCGCUAGACGAGCGUUUCGAUGAUAUGAGGAAAGAAGGUCGUCAGAGACAUCGAAGGCAUAGCCCCGCACGGCCGCCUUGGCUCGGGGCAUCCGGAUCUGGACAAAGCCUAUACUACAUGGCAAACGGGCCCCAUGUUGAUGCACGCACGGCUAGGCAAAUGGGCAUGCCGAACUAUAAUCUGUACGGCGUGGCUCCAUCAGGAAUCGGACCAAUGCCACAUGGUAUUGCUAGUGGCUUGGCCGCUGCAGGUAUGUGCAGACAUGGGGAUGACAUUUCCGACAUGACCGACAUGACCGACAUGGGAUACAUGGGAUUUGACAGUACUGCCAUCGGUAUGAUGGAUAAUGGGUACAUGCAGCCCCACAUGGCCAUGCUGAAGAAGAAGAAGAAGAAGGCGAGCAGGAUGAGGAAAGCCAUGCGGCCCAACUCCACAUCACACCAUGGGGCUAGAGCGGGAGAGCGACAAGACAUGGUAAAAGGACGUGGCAGUGAUAGAUUGGGUAGUCAGGACCAGGACAUGGCCAACAAAGUCAACCUGGGUGGCAGCAUAGUAUACGGAAGGACCGACAGUAGUCGAAAAGGAGCAAGACAGGCUCGAGCCGAUACGGAUGACGACGGCGAGGACAACGGUGACUACGGAUACUGA